UUUAAAAUGUCUCCAGCAGCUAGCCCCUCACCUCGCCCGUCUCCAGGAACCCCCACCACUCCUUCUGGCCAACCAGCAGCCUCCAAAGCAACCUCUUCGAGCCCUCGCCUGGCGAGCAUCCUGUCACGAGUUGACAUCACACCUGAAGGCAUACUCAAUGCUCUGACUAAAACAAACACACCAGGUUUGUCCUCUCUCCUGCAAAGUGUGUCAAACAACUCCUCUGCUACUCCCACCCGAACCUCCCCAGAAUCCUCAGCAGUUAAAACCCUGCUCUCCCCCACCACCCCAAAAGCAAAACCCACCAUAGGGAGCAGCCUCAAAAGAGACACACCUGGGAGAAGCAGAGAUUGGGAGAAAGAGAGGAAGCUGUCUCCUCCCCCUCCUCCGCCCCCUCCUCGUACCUCAGCUCCCUCUGUCUCUCCCCCCAGCCUGGAAUCAAAAAUCAACAGUUUCCUGCAGGGUAACCCCGGCUUCAGUCUCGCCAUGGGUGAUGGCAGUCCUGACGGGGUGGACGGGACCCCGGUGAGAGACGAGGCCGCUGGCACCCCCACCCAGGACGAGAUCAUGGACACACCUGGGAGUGUGCCAGAGUCUUUAGGGUCAUCUGGAGGUCAUACCCUCUCGCCCACAGCCUACCGCAGUGAACCCUGGGACGCUGUGAUCACCCCGUCAGGGAGCAGCAGCAAUGGAGACUUUCUGAGCUCCUCCUCCUCCUCCUCCUCUCGGUAUGGAGCUGACAAAAAGGGGGCCACAAAAUCAAAGGACGAUGCAGUGAGGAAGCAGGUCUCCUCUUCUCCCAGCAGUGACAUGAAGGGUAAGAAAGAUGGACACCAGCUGAAGAUCAUGGGAAACAACAGAGGAAACGGUGAACGGAAACACUCAGCAGGCUCUCGUAGGGCCAGCAGCGGGUCGGAGGAGGGGGGGAAACGAGAGGGUCCUGAGUCUCCGGGGGGGAAGGGGAAGGAGGGCCAGUACCAUCGCAUUGAGACUCUAGUAUCCCCCUGCACUGAAGGGGCUCCGAUCCAAACUCUCGGCUACUCGAACCGCCCCCACGCCGGGGAGCGCAUCAAGACGGUGGAGAGCAUCCGCCUGAUUGGCCGAGACUCCCGGCGGGGUGGAGGGGCCGGCGCUCGACCAGGGGGAGCGAUGUGGUACGAGGAGGAGGAAUACAUGGACGCUCAGUCUCCCUCCCCCCACGACGGCCCACCUCCUCUUAACAUUGGAAACGACGACAUGAGCCCCUCCAUGCCUCCUCCCCCUCCUCACCUCCUCCACCAACAUCUCCACCCUCCUCCGUCCCACCCCCACGCACACCCUCCUCCUUUCCAGAUGCCCUACCACCCCGAGAACAUCCAGUCUCCUCCCCCCUCCCAUCUCCACCAGCAUCCUCCCCCUUCCCAUUUUUUCGGCCCUCCUCCACCCAUCCCCAGACCCCCUCCGCCUCCCAUACCCCAGCGCCCUUCCCCUCCACCUUCCCACCAUUCUGUGCCCUCUGCAGUCAUGGUAGGGGGAGUGUUGGUCCCUAUCGACCGUCCCCUUUCUCUCCCCCUCCCACUGAGACCUGAAGGUGUAGAGCGAGGCGGAAUGGGGCCCAGAGGAAACAAAAUGCCCCCCCCACCCCUCAUGUCCUCGUUGCUAGGUGAGCCCCCUAAGCUGCCCCGUCCUGGUACAGUUAAAGAGCCUUUUGGCCCCCGCCAUGCCCCCCUCCUGCACCGCCCAGGUGUUCCUCUUCCCUUGCUGGGCCGAGUGAAGGAGCCUCUCAAUCUACCUCUUCCUCCCCCCUCUCCCACAUGCUCUACACCCUCUCCCUCCACCCCCAAUCCCCCUGCACUCGACUCCCACCCCCCUCGCCACCCUGCUCACUCCUCUGGCCCUCCCACCAGUCCUCCAGCUCAUUCCCGCAACCACACCUCCAACCCCGUUCCCCUGCUUAACUUACCCCCGAUUCUCCCAGUUAACCUCCAACAGAGACCUAUGCAGCGAGACCGAGCCCCCUCUCAGCAGUUUAACCAGCACCGACCCCGUGGGGGAUAUCGAGGGGGCAAGCGGCAGGGUCCUCCAUUCACAGGUGGUCCCUUCCAUUCGCAGAAGAGACCCUUCCUACCCCCACGAUACUGAAGUGGUCGUCUGUCACAUGCUGAAUGAGAAGUGAAGCGCCCUGCCCUGAAGAGCAGAGUGUGUGUUAGCCCUGCUGGUAUGAGCCUAGAUAUCUUUACUCUGUUAAUUAGCUUGAAUUAAAUCUACCUUAGGUUGUGUGUAAAUGGCUGAUUUAAUCUUUAUGCUUCAGCUAAGUAGCCAGCCAGUCUUCAUACACUGUACUGUGCAGCUUUGAGGUUAGCAGUUACAUAGAGUGUUGUGUCACAACCUUCAAUCUUUCCCUCCUUUUUUUUAUCCAUUUCUCCAACUCCUGUCUAACAUUACAAACAAACACAGAUAGUUCAAGCAGAUAUUACACUUUAUUUUGUUUGGAGCUUGCCUGCCUGUGUGAUUGUUGAGUUAACUGAGAGAGAGAGCGGGAGAGAGAGAGAGAGAGAGAGAGAUGUAUGUAUGGGUCUAAGUUUGACAUUUUGGGAAAUAGGCUUAUUUGCCUCUAACGGAAAGCUGUAUGAGAAGAUCAAUACCACUCUCACAUCUGCGCAGUAAAUUAAAAGCUAGAGCUUAGCAUAACAACUGGAAAUGGGGACAGCUACCCUGGAUCUGCCUGAAGGUCAAUAAGCCAUCUUUUACCAACUCUAAAGCCAAUGUUUAAUGUUUAAUCUGUUCAAAAUGUAAAAUUAUUUGUAAUGGGGGUGAUAUGUGAGACAGUUUCAUGGCAACAAGACUUGAGGAAGUCACAGCCCAUGGCCACAAAACAUUAUUAUUUAGUUACCUUCAGACAGGUUAGGCCCCUGAUUUGAAUAUUUAUGCUAAGCUAAGGCAGUUGUCUAAUUUCUGCAUCUUAUUUAACACCCAGAUAAUGUCACCUGACAAACCCAAUAACCAUAUUUCCUAAAGUGUCCAAUUAUUCCUUCCAAAUUACAAGUAGUUUCCAAAUGAAUAUCUUCAUUCAUGAGUGUGUGGGUGUGUGCUGUGUGUGCUAACAUGGUGUUUCUCAUUAGAAGGGAUGAGACUGCUUCUGCAGCUUUUGUUCUUGCUGUAAAUAAUAUUGUUCUCUUGCUCGACCUUUUUCACCCUCCCAUCUCUCCCACUGUAUAUUUCUAACCUUGUAAAUAUAAAAUCUGAGAUGACACAGCUUUUUUUCUUUUCAAGCUCUUAUUUCUGUUAAUGAGGACAAUGAUCGUCAUUUUUGAACCCCGUCUUUACUGUGAUUGAGGCCUCGGCUAAGCUUUAGCUUCAGAAGAAUUUCUCUGCAGUAUCUGUCGCAGCUUUCUGUCCUCCUUUUGAAACCACCAUGCAGAAGAGGAGGGUGAAGAUAAUUAUGUAUUUUUAUUUCAACAUACUUGUCUGCCUAUGCGGGCUUCACAUUAGACUGAGUCAUGAAGACCCUCGGUAGUGGAUGGCGGGUGGGGGGGGAGGUUUUUCAGUUCUGAAACACACUCUUGCUAGGCUUCAUCAUGUACUGACUUGAAUAAAAUCCAGAGUUUCAAUUCAACUGGGGGGGGGAGGUAUUUUAUUUGGUCACUAAUUAUCACUUGAAUUGCGCUGUUGUAAUUUUGUUGCGCUGUUCAGCUGAUUUCUGAGAAUUUGUUGUCAUAUAUUUACAUAGCUGCUGCCAUUCUCAUAGUGCAUACGUAUUAUUUUUUGGCACUGUAUUUUUCUAAUAGAUUUAGCAAUUUCCCGUUUGCAACAGCGCACACAGGUGGCAUUAGGGGGCGAAAACAUAUGAGCUAAUAAGGGUUGUUUUGAAAAUGGUUUAUUUAAAUACUCCAGUUAUUAUGGCCCCUUCCUCUGUUUUUUUUCUUUGCUAAUUUCAUGCUUUUGCCCUCAAACCCCUGUGCUUAUCUUGUGCUCACAAUGGCUUUGUUCAUUAACACUCGUGCCCCUCUCAACACUUCUGAGGGUAAAAAGAAAGGGCACAAUGGCAGUAAUCCUUCUUUUACAGGAGUUACUGCCGUAAUGCUUCCCUCUGUUCUACACUGAUGUAGUUUCCCUCCACAGUGAGAGGUGCAUGGUGGGAACUGCUGCUCAAAGCCUUGUGUGUCCUGUGUUUAUGUGAUCAUGGAGUGUGUGUUCUCGCCUUUGCUCAUUUACAGUUCAUCAAGAAACACUGAGCACCCCAUGAAGUUAGAUACAUUGUAAAAAUGUAACCAUGAAGAGCAUAUCUGUCACUACAGUGUUGGCAGAUCAUCAGAGUACGAUGUGUCAUUGAAUGUUAUACAAGUCUGUUACCACCUUCUGUAAACUGUCUGUCUUUUAUCUCAUCGAAACAGCUAAAUAUCAAAUCAGUUUGGUGUGUUCAUGAUGCACAGCGAGAAAGCUAGAUGUAUUGUUCCCUCACACUAAGCAGCUACCAAGUUCCACAUUUUCAAUUGUCUCUGUAAAUAACCCCAGUCUGUUAAGUCUUUGACAAAUUAAGUUUGAAACUGACUGAAGAUGUGACGAAGAUGAUGGUCUGUGAAUAUUUGCUAAGUUGAAUUUCUGCUGUUCUCAUCAAUGAUGCUAUUACACAGGUCUUUGAGUGUCCAAUCCUU